AUGCCUGCUGAUUCACCAAGUUGUUUAUCAGAUAAAUUCACUAUAUCUCCGACAACAAAUAGUAUGACAACGACCGUCACAUCAGUUUCAUCAACAAAUGGAAUAACAAGAAGUUCACCACCAUCUACGCCACAAUUAACUCGUUCAACGUCACCAUGUUUAGAAACAAGACAAUUAAAUAAAUUAAGACGUUUUCUAAGUACAUUAUUUCAUUUUGGAUCGGAUAUUUCCAGUGAAAUUGGUGAACGUGUUAGAACAUUAAUAUUAGCUAUUGUAAAUAACGCACUAUCUGUCGAAGAAUUUCACACAAAAGUGCAACACACGACAAAUUUUCCAUUAAGACCAUUCGCGUUACCAUUUCUAAAAUCAACAUUACCAUUAUUACAAAAAGAUAUUUUACAUAUGGCUCGUCAUUCAAAACAGUCUACCGCUCAAUUUAUUUCACAACAUGAAGAUCUAAUAUUUUUGCCGAGAGAAAUUCUUGAAACAAAUGCAAAAGAAUUGAAUGAAAAUGGAAAACGAAAACUAAAUGAAGAUUUACGCGAGCUCGAUGAUAGACAAUACGCGACCAAACGUCCACUAACAACGUGUACAUCACCCUCACUCGUACCAUCUACAUCAUCAUCAAGAAAUAGUUCAUUUUAUUCAACAGCAACAAUUACCACAACAAAUUCACAUUCGUCAUCGUCGUCCAAUCGUUUAAUGGAUACGAUGAGAAGAGAUUUUAGGGAUAAAGAACGAGCAUUUACAGCUUAUCUUCGAGAAUAUGCAUCCGAUUUUAAAGAAAUAACCGACAAGAAUGCUGAUGAUGACUGGAAAAAUGCCGAAAAUAUGUUAAAUUGUGUAUUAGAUAUGGUGACAAAAGCAAAACGUGCUCUAUUCAUUCUACAACAAAAAGAUUCACAUCUCCGUCGACUUGUAGAAACAAACGAUUUAGAAUGGAGAAGAAGACAUUCAGAAUUAUUAACACAAACGGAAGAUAGAAUUGUAGAAGUUAGAAGAAAAGCUGAAGAAGCAGUGAUUGAAAUAAAACGUCAAAGUAUGAUUGAUGUACAAAAAGCAAUAACUAAUUCGGAACAAAAAUCUUCUGAAUUAUUGACACGUGAACGAGAACAAUUUCAACGAAUUACUCAAGAAUUAAAACAAAAAUCAUUUGAAGAUGCCUAUAAUAUUCUAAAUAGACAAGAAGAUGGUCCAGAACAAUGUUGGCAUUGUGGUCGAAAAGCGAUUGAAACAUGUAGUGGUUGUUCAAUUGCUCGAUAUUGUGGUUUAUUCUGUCAACAUCGUGAUUGGGAAUUGCAUCAAAAAUUGUGUGGAUCAGAUUUAAAACGAAAACUAACUGAAAAUCCACUAUUGUAUGGUGGAAGUAUGCGACGUACUUAUAAAAUACAAACGCCGACUAUUUCACCAAAUAACAAUCAUCAUCAAACGCAAAAUAAUGUCACAACAACCACAUCCGAUUCGCCACCAUCGACAAAAAGAGCUUCAACACCGACACCAAAUGAAACGUCUCAGAGUACGUGUACAACACCGUUGUUAUGCGUAUCAUCACCACCAGUUGAUGAACAAGAACAUGCAUCUACAUCAGAUACGGUGAUUAAUCAUCAGCAACGUGAUUCAACUGCAUCAAAUAUUACCACAACAACAGCGUCAGUAGUUAAAACGGAAACUUUAUAA